CCUCCUCCUCCUCCUCCUUUCCCUCUCUCCCUGCCUCCCUCCCUCUCUCGUGUGCGUGCGAGAGUGUGUGUCUCUGGAUCUGUGUCUUCUCUCUUGAUCACACGGCGCGCGCCUCGCCUUGAUCCAUACUCAUCUCGUCUUGGGCCGAUCAUCGCGUUGGCCACCGGGAAGAAAAAGGUACCACUAUUCCGUCGUCACUCCUCCACAAUUUCCUCAACAAGUGCUCGGCGACACGUCUCACUGCCGUCGCUCCGUCCGCCACGAUUGCUGACUGCCAAUCCCUCUCUCCCCAGCGUUGCUUGGCUGCUGCUCACCGUUACUAUCUUUGCUCGCGCUUUCUGCCCCUCGCAGACUAGGCCACCGCACCCAGGCUGACUGGCUUCGCUCAGCGCCGCAGCAGCAGGAGAGAGGACACGAGGCUUAGCCCGUAAGCGCGUCGCAGGCUCACGCAACGCUGCGCUUCGUCUACUCUCUCGCCUGCAGACCGGCGGUCCAGGCUGGUUGGCACAGCGAUCAAGCAAUCCGCCGCAGUCGGUGCGGUCGACGGACGCGGGUGGGCCUUUUCUGCGCACAGAAACGGCAAAGGGCCAUCGCCCAGCACCAGCCCACGCGCCCCAGCUGCGACCCUUGCUCUGCGCGCCGAACUACCGCUUUUCGGACCAGAAAAUUACUCUGAGUCGACGACCAUGCCUCACAAUGUCUCUGACAACAUCCUCGACCACACCCGCGCCCCCCAUCGUCCCCUUCCUUCUCCCACCAGUCUGACUUCCAUCACGGCUGCCACCGCGACACCUGCGCCGCAUCCGCGCAAGCAGAGCCAGCUCUCCGUCUACGCCAAGUCGGUACUUAUGAGCAACAUUGCCCACCGCGACCCUGACCCGUCGACUGCCAUCGGCUCCGAUACUGCAAGCCCGGCACCGGAAGUCCGGCCGCCCGCAGCUCCCAUCAACGGACUCGACGAUCCGGAUGGCCGCCAGGAUGCCCAGCAGCUGCACCACCAGCACUUGAAGCCCCGCCCCAGGUUUGCGCCUGAGUCGCUGAGAGCGUCAAAGGAUGGCGUGGGUCCGGCCUUGAGCGACACGCCCGAGCCGUCUCUUCCUACCACGCCUAGAAUGUGAGUGUCCGAGUCGUUGCCCGCUUGUGCACACAGCUGCCGCCGUCAAUGGCGGCGAAAAUCAUGCUGACUUGCGAUGCGCUUCGCAGACCUGCGAUGAGAUCGAGCUCGGCCGCCUCCACACCCAGAAUUCGACCCACAACUCUUGACAUACCGGGCCUCACAAAGUCCAAGGUCUCGCCAGAUGGCAGGAUAGCCCAGCGCGAUGUAGGCUCCAAGCUCGUCAUCGUCAUGGUGGGUCUGCCCGCCCGUGGCAAGAGCUACAUCACCAAGAAGAUGGCUCGUUACUUGAACUGGCUGCAGCACGACACCAUGAUCUUCAACGUCGGCGAGAAGAGGCGGAAGUUCGCAAGCCACGCCGAGCCCAGCGCGGCUGCGGGUGGUCCGGAUCAUGCCACGCGCGAGAUGAGCCCUCCGCAUGUAGCCGCCCACAUCCUUAUUAAUGGCCAGGUGCCAACUCCGCCCAUACCUACCUUGAGCUUGACUGGCGCUGUUGAGGCCGUCCAGGCCAACGGAACGGGUUCUCCGGGUGUAGCGGAGGUGCAGCCCAAAGUUGACAAGCCAGCUCCAGGCAGUUCCGGCACUCUGGAUAACCCCGGAACGGCCGUACACCACGAUCCGAUGAGCGAGCACACCGCCGACUUCUUUGACCCCGCUAAUCGAGAGGCCGCCUUGAUACGUGAGCAGUGCGCGUCCGAGACGUUGGACGAGCUCCUCGACUACAUUCUAUACGGCAAUGGCUCCGUCGGCAUCCUCGACGCUACAAACAGUACCAUCUCGAGAAGAAAGAUGGUUAUGGAGCGCAUACGCCAGAAGGCCGGCAAGGAGCUGAACGUUCUGUUCCUGGAAAGCGUGUGCGAGGAUCAGACUCUGCUCGAGGCUAACAUGCGCCUGAAACUGUCCGGUCCGGACUACAAGGACAAGGAUCCUGUUGCGUCGCUUGCCGACUUCAAGAAACGUGUCGAGCAGUACGAGAAGAAGUACGUUCCGCUUGGCGACUACGAAGAGCGUAACAACAUGCCGUACAUCAAGAUGAUCGACGUGGGCCGCAAGGUCAUCACUCACCAGAUCCGCGGCUUCCUCUCCUCUCAGGCUGCCUAUUAUCUUCUCAACUUCAACCUCGCACCCCGUCAGAUCUGGAUCACGCGGCAUGGCGAGUCCGAGGAUAAUCGGGCAGGCAAGAUUGGCGGCGACUCAGGCCUUACCGAGAACGGGCGCAAGUACGCCGCCGCGCUUGCUCGCUUCGUCGACCACGAGCGCAAGGCGUGGGAAGUAAGACAGCAGGACAAGGCCGCCAACACGCAUUUCCCGCCGCAUCCGGGUGAUCACACGCCGCCUAACCCGCACUUCAGCCCCCUAGGUGACGAACAGGAGGAACAGACUCGCAAUUUCUGCGUAUGGACGUCCAUGCUGAAGCGCAGCAUUCAGUCGGCCGAGUUUUUCGACGAGGAGGAUUAUGAAAUCAAGCAGAUGCGUAUGUUGGACGAGCUCAACGCCGGUCUCAUGGAGGGCAUGACGUACGAGGAGAUCCGCACCCACUACGCCGACGAGUAUAAGCUGCGCGAGCACGACAAGCUGCAGUACCGCUACCCUGGACCCGGUGGCGAGGGUUAUCUCGACGUCAUCAAUCGCCUGCGACCCGUAAUCGUUGAGCUCGAGCGUAUGACGGAUCACUGUCUGCUCAUCACUCACCGCUCUGUUGCGCGCGUACUGCUCGCCUACUUCAUGGGCCUGAGCAGGGACAAUGUCGCUGACCUGGACUGUCCAUUGGGCAUGUUGUACAGUCUCGAGCCGAAGCCAUACGGAGUCGAGUUCAAGGCAUACAGGUACAACCCUGAAAAGGACUGGUUCGACUACCUUCCUGAUUUCAAGCUCAAAAAGGCGACCCAUCCACACGUCUAACAAGUUUGUUCGCGGGCGACAGGCCGUCGCCUAGCGAGAGCGUGCGCGUUCGUUCCAAGACCAGUCGUAGGGUGCUGCAAACUCUUCCCCUCUUCGGGCAGGAUGCAAGCGUUCUCUUGCCUUUCGCCCUCCUCAGUACAUACUUCAUUUUCUUUUUCUUUUUUAUUCUUACGAUCCAUGGAAGACGCUCUAAGCUUGUAUAUAUUUUCACAUCCUUUUCGUGUGAUGUUCCUACGCUGAUAUUUUAACGCUGAAAGCGAUGCAUUGGGUUGGCGUUUGCUUGAUUUGAGGAGGUUAUGAAGGGGUGUAGGAUCUCUGCUGCUCUCAUCAGCUCUCUUGACGGUCGCGAGUUUUUACGCGCUUUGAUACGUGGUAAGAUCCGUGGGGUGGGGGAAAUGGGCCAGGCUGGGUGACGGCGUUUUCUUUAUGUCAGUCGAUUACUGAUUGUCAUGCUUGAUAUAAGUUAGCAAGCGGAUAUUUUGCAACACGGAGGACAUACUUUAC